ACGCUUUGUGCAUUCCAAAUCUCGAAUUUGUGAGCCACAAGCACGACAACCUCCGUGGCCAUCUAGUAUAGCAUAAAUAUUAGACACAUGCUGCGUGUCUUGUUACGGCACGGCCAAAUAUUAUUUCUCUGUUUGUUCCGUUUUUCUCCUUUUCUUUCUGUAACUGCAACUUGAAAAAUAUUUUGCCCAACAUGUCCAAGCUCACGCUAAGACCAGAUAGUUCCUGCUUCUUUACUCACACUAACAGAACACACUCCCACACCCCUUUUAUCAGAACCUCGUUUCCACGCUUUCACUUUCAGCUCACACCUUCCAAUCUCACCCUCAGGCUCCGAGUAGUUUCUAGCGCUCAACAAAAUGUCAAAGAAACAAGGAGAGUGUCUAAGGCCGAGGCUCUAUCAGAGCUUGAAGUGGAUGACGUGGAACAGCAACCUGAGAACAUGUCUGGGAAUUGGCCACCUUGGAAGAAUCUUCCCCAAAGAUACAAGCUCAUCGGCACCACAUCACUCGCCUUCGUAAUUUGUAACAUGGAUAAGGUGAACUUGAGUGUUGCAAUAAUUCCAAUGUCGCAUCAAUUUGGGUGGAAUUCCUCAACAGCAGGAUUGGUUCAGUCCUCAUUCUUUUGGGGUUAUGCAUUGAGUCAAUUGCCUGGGGGUUGGCUAGCCAAGAUAUUUGGUGGCGGAAAUGUUCUUGAGGUUGGAGUAUUGAUAUGGUCAGUGGCUACAGCUCUUGUUCCAUUUCUUUCUGGAUAUAUGCCUGGGUUACUAUUUUCAAGGAUUUUGGUUGGGAUAGGAGAAGGUGUUUCACCGUCUGCUGCUACUGAUCUAAUUGCAAGGUCGAUACCAUUGGAGGAGCGUUCACGGGCAGUAGGUUUUGUGUUUGGUGGUUUGAGUGUUGGAAGUGUCAUGGGGCUUCUUUUGGCUCCACCUCUUAUCCAAAAUCUUGGUUGGGAAUCAGUAUUCUAUGUAUUUGGUCUCUUGGGGAUUGCUUGGUUUUUGGGGUUUCAAGUUCUUGAAGGAGGUGAAACACAGUUAAAUGCAGAACCUCUUUCAUCCCAAGAAACCCUGACACAGUCAUGGAAAGCUUCUCUAAAAGAAUUGAAUAGCUCUUUGAAGGAUGUACCAUGGAAGGCCUUCUUCCAAAAUCGUGCUGUGUGGGCAAUGAUAUAUGCUCAUUUCUGUGGUAGUUGGGGUCACUAUAACUGUCUAUCAUGGCUUCCCACAUUUUUUAGUGAGGAGCUGAACCUAAAUCUGACAGAAGCUGCAUGGGUGUCUAUUCUUCCGCCACUGACUUCAAUAUUUGUGACUAAUCUUGCUGCACAAUUAGCUGAUAACUUGAUUUCAAGAGGAGUUGAAACCACUACGGUUCGAAAGAUCUGCCAAUCAAUUGCAUUUUUGUCCCCUGCAAUCUGCAUGACUCUUUCCUCGCUGGAUCUAGGGUUACCGCCUUGGGAAAUUGUGGGUAUUCUCACAGGUGGUUUAGCCCUCUCAAGCUUUGCCUUAUCAGGACUCUAUUGUACCCAUCAAGACAUGUCACCAGAAUAUGCAAGUAUACUUCUGGGUAUAACUAAUACAGUUGGGGCUAUUCCUGGAAUUGUGGGUGUUGCUCUCACUGGUUAUCUUCUUGAUUUAACUCAUUCAUGGAGUUUGUCACUUUUUGCGCCAUCAAUCUUCUUCUAUGUGACUGGUACCAUCGUAUGGUUGGCAUUGGCCAGCAGUAAGCCUCAAAGUUUUUCUGAGCAAAACUGAUCCAUGUUCCAAUCAUUCAUUAUUCUGAAGAAUCUGAAAACAGCCCAGAAACUUGAUAAAACCUUCAUUUUAGGCUGAUUUUUGACAUACAAAUAAGAAUUUAAGUACAAAGAAAUGAUAGUAUAGGUAUAUUACUGUAUUUAUUUUUGUUCUUUUUAGGUGAUCUGUAUAUUUUGUUUUAUUAUUUGUAGCUUAUUGUAUCCGUUUUAUAUUUUUAAUAGAUGAUGCUGGUUGGUCACCAAAAAAUGUAUUGAGGGUAUUGUAAAUCUUGUGAAGUCAACAAUCUGUUUUGUACCAACUUUUGGUGCUCUGAUCCUUCUGUUGCAAGUUUCUAACUACAAAAUGACCAUAUUUAUGACCGUUU